UAUGGAGCCGGCCCGACUUUCUAGAAACUUCUAUUAGAAAAGGGCUCCUUGCUUUUGAUAUUCAUAAUCACCCCUUUUGCUUUGGAGGAAUCCUCCUAAGCCCGACUAAAGCUAAUUAGGACUACUAAUCAGUGGGUUAACAAUUUCCUUCUUUCAUUGACUGUUGGUCAGUUUUCGUUCCCCCGAGAAAAUCAAUCAGAGGAAGACACAGAAUUAUGGAAAAGCUUCGAUGCCAGAGGAUCGGUUGCGACGCCGUCUUCACUGAGGAUGACAACCCAGACGAUUCCUGCACUUACCACGACGCUGGUCCUAUAUUUCACGACGGGAUUAAAGAGUGGAGUUGUUGCAAGAAAAGAAGUUAUGAUUUCACUUUAUUUCUGGAAAUUCCUGGUUGUAAAACUGGGAAACACACGCCAGAAAGACCAGUGCUGAGAAGGCCAGCUCCUCAAAAUAGAGCAAUUUCUGCACUGCCUCAAGAGAACAGUGUGUUGACUAAGGAAACUUGUCCCAGGUGUCGACAGGGUUUCUUUUGCUCUGACCACGGUUCUCAAGCCAGAGACGUCAAUGCAAAAGCAUCAAAAACUGUAGGUGUUGCAUCUUCUGGGAGUGAUUCACAUUUGCAGGAAGUUUGUGCACCUCCAGUUAAGAAGGUGAUUGAUAUUAACCAGCCUCAGACUUGUAAGAAUAAGGGAUGUGGGAUAACCUUCAAAGAAAAGGAUAAUCAUGAUACAGCGUGCAGUUAUCAUCCUGGCCCUGCUGUCUUCCAUGACCGGAUGAGAGGGUGGAAAUGCUGUGAUGUUCAUGUCAAGGAAUUUGACGAGUUCAUGACAAUACCACCUUGCACUCAGGGAUGGCACAAUGCCGAUGCCAUGUGAAGAAUGGAUAAGGUUUUUUCCCCCCUUUAAAUGAUUUUGAAUGGAAUAUCCUGCUGCUAUGUAUCAUGAUUUUGCUCAAUAAUAUCAACACGUGUGGUUCUUCAUUUGUUGUUUCAUUCGUAAUUUGAAUUUACUCUUUCAUAGUAAUCUUGGCCAAGUUUCAUGAUAGUUAUUUUGUGUGUGUGUGUGUGUGUGUUUUUUUUUUUUUGAGUUACGGUGACAACAUUUGGGAAAUUGUGACUUUCUCUGCUUCAUUACAUGUUGAACUUGAGUUUUUUCAGAUUGCCACUUUCGCAACGAACUUCACUUAAACUUCAUCUACCUGAUUUGAGUCGUAGCAUUUGUCCUUAACCUGCAAUUAGGCUUAUAACGAGCCCUGGGUUGCUGCAAAUGAGUAAGCUUACAAUCAUGUGGGCGAUGAUUUGAGACUUUUUGGUUGACAUGAGGCCUGGUAUCAAUUAUGGGAAUUGAGCAUCAGUACUAGCACUUUAGAUCCAUAAGUUUUGAUUUUUGUCUCAAUUGUGAUGAAGCAUUGUGUGCUGGAUUCGUCAUUGGGUGGAUGUUAAUUUGGGUCUAUUUUAAGGAAAGGGUAUCUUUCCGUUUUUUUUUUACAUUGAAAGAGUCUGGAAAGAGAUUUGAUUGAUGAAGGAAAAGUUCCUGCAAUCUCGUAAUUUUCCUUGGUGUCUCUUCUAACUAUUUUACCAACCACUAAAGGCAUGUAAGUUUUGGAUCAAUUUUAAUUCCAACUAUUUGCAACCAAAUUUUCUCCAUACAACACUUGGUUAUAGGUAUAAAAUCUGGUAUUGCAUCCGUGAAGCAUACAAGACCUUUCUCUUGAUUUAACGUCUCAGGCAACAAUACGGACGUUUUGUAACAUGCCCGUUAACUCCGUACCAAAACAUGCGACAAUGGCCAGAUGAAAAUUUACAAGGCAGUCGCAUAUUUUGGUUGAGAAUUUUACCCCAUUUUUACUUUAAAGGUGAGCAGUUAUCUCAAGGAUACGAUGAAAGUGUUCAUAGUACGCAUUAGGAGGAGCAUUUCAUUACAGUUUCACCUAACGAAAGUGUAAAAGCAUGAUCGUUCUGGUUCCUAUAAUGAUUUUCUUUUCACAACUCUGAAGAAGUAAAUUAUGCAUCUUAUCAGUUGCUUUAAAAUGUCUGAGCUGUUUUUGUACAUCAAGUUGUAUUUCUCUCGUAGUUGCAACGAAGGAUAGUUUAUGUAGUUAACUGUACAGUAAUGUAAGCCCAAAAGGAGGCCGCUGCCACAGGCGUUUUUUUUUUAUGGGUAGGGAACUGGGAUGCGCAGCGAUUCGACCCCAUGGCCUAGGCUGCAAUGCAGAGGCUGAUGGCUAGCACUGAGCGGAUUUAACGCUGGUUGUGCAGAGCAUGGAUGAUGUUUCAUUGGACGGCUUGGCUUCAAUCGAUAAGAGUAUCACCCACAAGGCUGAAAGUACCAAAACACCAGUGUAGAAUGUACAAAAGCUUUACUACUUUUUACUCUCAGGUUAGUCUAGUCAAUGGGGUUUAGCUUGUUGGAUUCCUCAGAUUGCGCCGCUUUUUUGGCGUUUAGGAGAGGAAUCUCUCUGCC